GACAACGCAAUGUAUGCACACUUACAACCAAUUUUCCCAGGAGGCGUCCACCAUUAAAUUGCGAAAUCUAUCUAUGGUAUUAGUUGCUCAUUCUCUUAGAUCUGGACUCUCUAUCCAGGGGGGACGACAGGUGCCGCCUUCUCGUGGGCCACAGGUGAGUUCUGGCGGCGAGAGCGGCGAGAGCUGACGCACUUUCCCUUGCCCCGGCGACCACCGGCACCGAGGGGCCCACCAGAACGGUCUGCGGUGGAAUCCAGACGAAGUGCGUUGCUCGCCCUCGAGGACUCCAUGACGCGGAUGACAUGGACCGGCUUCAGCUGACGCUGGCGCUGCUGCUGGUCGUGUGCUCGUUGGACCUGAAGGCGGAAAUCCUCAAGGGCUACCCGUGCAUCCGCAGGCUCAACCAGCUCUACUGCCCGACGCCGGGAAACAGCUACCCAAAGGAACGGAUCGACAUGUUCAUCGACGAGAACAAGGCGCUGAUCCGGCGUAUGUUCGGCGAGUACUCGUCACCCGACGACGACAGCGCUCACAGGGAUCACUACGAGACAUACGACGGCAAGACUAUUCAUACCAGGACGGAGAGGUCCAGGUCUACAUUUUCAGGGGCGUCGUCAAAUAAGGUGGACGCCUGUGAGUCCGCCGUGGAGAUCGUGACGCCGUACUGGGCGUCCAACAGCGCUGGCAAGAUCAGAGCCAUCGUCAACACGCAGCAUCUACAACAGGCCAUCCAGCAGGAAGUCUGCCAGUCCGUGCAGACCAAAAAGUGCAACAAUGACUGCAGCUGCGAACAGAAGUACAAGUGGCACCGGUUGCUAGCAUACGACCCAGACGACGACUGCAAGGGAAUCUUCAUGGACUGGUUCCUGUUCCCGUCAUGCUGCGUGUGCCGCUGCGCCAACCCCAUCAAGAAGUGAAGGACUCGUGUAACCACACCGGGAGAGCGCCACCAUCGCUCAAAAAGCGGUUCUCUCCGAGCACAGUGACGUCUGGAGUUGGCCUCAGUGCCAGAGGUGAACUCUCUAACGCGCUCAACGAAGAAGGCUGCAGAGAAACGGCCGGGAUAGAGAUAUAAAACGGUGGCCUAAUGUGCGUCGAAGUCCGGUGGGACAAGCACUGAGGCUGGAGCCAGCUGGAGUACUCUCAGCUUCAGCGACCAAUCCGCGCCCAAGCCCAUCACUGCAGGACUCUUCCGAGCCUCCCUUCGUCUUGUCCAUCCCGAAUCUCGAGCCCCAAAGGAAACUGUGUCGCGUCGAGCGCGUUGUGUCCAGACACACCGAACGGUGAAGACCUGCUUGACGGUAAAAGUGCCGGUGGCGUCAUAGCAAGACCCGUUUUCCACGAGUCUCUCCUUGUUUUGGUUCAGCGUCGAAAGAUACUAGGCGACGCUGUUUCGGUAGUAUUUAUGAAAGAGAUGCUGUUAUAUUAAACACACUGAACUGUGCACGUGAGUCUGCGAUCGCGGAUUGUGCGAGUGAGUGGUGGACAAAGAAGAAGAUCGUUAACCGACGGCAUGGAACGUAAGUCCCCUUGUGAAAGACUUUGAAGGGACGUCUCGCAGAGAUCAUCUUGAUGAGUUAAAAGUGUGUUUUGUCCAACAAAGAUGGUGUACUUCUCUGAA